AUAAUACAAACCUGUCGUUCCGUUUGCAAAAAGUUCCGGACUCCUGAUGGCGACAGCCGUUUCCCGGAAGAGAAAUUUGGACGUCGAAGACGAUGAACUUCUCAUUCUGUUCUCCGAGCAACGCCGCGACCUCACGGACGCCAUCGCGGCCGAUUCCGACCUUGAUUUCGCCUUCCAACUGCAAAUGGAAGAGGCGAUAAAAGUCUCUUCAAUCUCUCAACCCUCUUCGUCGUCGUCUUCCUCACACCAGCCAUUCCUCCUCCUAAACGAAGUCACAGAAUCCCCUUCCGGCAUCUCUCAUCUCAUCGCUGAAGAAAUCGACAAGUUCGAGCGCGAACGCAGUGAUCGGGAGUUGGUCGAAGCGGAAACGAGGAACAUGCAGGAGAAUCUCAACCGUCUGAUACACGAUCAGAUCUUCGCUCGCCAGAUUAAAGGAGUUCCAGAUGAUGAGUGGAGAAGAACCGGAGAUUACAUUCAGAAACCGUACGGAUUGUCGCCGUCGUCAAAUGAGGAGGCUUUUAGGAUCUAUUUCAAGGGUUUGGUGAGGGAUGAAACGGUUAUGAAUUUCAAAAUGCGGUUUGCUGGAAUUGGAAUCGCAAUUUGUGAUACAAGCGAUUGUUGUGUAUUUGAGUUGCGGAAACCCUAUUUGCUCGGUGGAAACGAAGGUGAAGGUAAUCUGAUAGAGCUUAAAGCUUUGAUUGAAGCGCUGAAUACUGCUGUUACUCUUGGGUUAAAACGAGUUAAUGUUUUCUGCGACAGCAAUUCGGUUUAUCAAUGUCUCACUGGUAAAGGGCGUUCAUCAGACAACAGGAUUGCGUUAUUGAUUAAUCAGCUGAACCUCAUUCAGAGAAAAUUUGUUUCCUGCAGUCCAUUCCUUGUGACUCAAAACAAUGUAAAGUUUGCUUUUCAAUUUGCAAAAGAUGCAAUACUUUCUCAGGCCAAGAAAUCUGCAGAAAACACUUCUGGGAAGACAUUACUGGAACAAUGUACAAUCUGUUUCGAACAGACCUACAUCGCCCAAAUGUUUCCUAUCAACAAAUGUCUACACAAAUACUGUUUUUCCUGUAUGAGAAAGCAUGUAGAAGCAAAGUUACACCAAGGGAAGCUACCCGAAUGUCCACAUGAAGGCUGCAAAUCUGAGCUUCAACUCGAGAGUUGCAAGAAGUUCUUGGAACCAAAACUAUAUGAUAUGAUGAGCUCAAUGAUAAAAGAAGCUUCCAUUCCUCCAUCAGAGAAAGUUUAUUGCCCAUUUUCUUGUUGCUCUGCUUUAAUGUCAAAAAGUGAGAUCAAAGAACAUGGUGUUAGAGAAACUGGAAAGAGAAAAUGCAUCAAAUGUCAUCGUCUUUUCUGUAUCAAUUGCAAUGUUCCUUGGCAUGAGAAAGUCACCUGCUCUGACUACAGUCAACCUUCUGAUGAGGCAAAACUGAAGUCGCUUGCAAAAAGGAAGCAUUGGCGUCAGUGUAUCAAGUGCAAGAAUAUGGUUGAACUCACAACAGGGUGCUACCAUAUCUAUUGCAGAUGUGGACAUGAGUUUUGCUACACGUGUGGAGCUGAGUGGAUUAACAAGAAACCCACGUGCAAAUGUCCAUUAUGGGAUGAGUGCAACAUUAUAUAUGCCAAUAGACAGAGGCAACGUCGAUAAUAAUGGAUCCACUAAUCUAAGUAUCCAACUCACUUUUUUUUUUAUUUGUUUGGUGUUUCGUUUCCACAAGGAUUUACAG